AUGUGCUGCCCCUGGGCUGGGAUCCUGCUCCUCGCCCUGCAGGUGGCAGCUUCCCGAGAGGGGCUGUGGCUGCAGCAAAGCCCAGGAGAGAUCUGGACGGCCCCAGGACAGACUGUGGAGAUGAACUGCGCUGCUACAUACAAAGAAAGGUUCGUAUCCUGGUACAAAGAGCAUCAGGACGGCAGUCUGCAGUGGGUUGCCAAGACUGGUAAAGUUGAUAGUGCACAAGGAAGAUACUCGAGUAAAGGGAGCAAAACAGGGAAAAAGUUUUCCCUAGUCAUCAGCAACGUACAGGAGGAGGAUUCUGGGGUCUUUUACUGCACCCUCACUGCCUAUACGGGCUUCGCGAACGGGACCAGGCUGAUCGUCUCCGAUGCCCCCCAGCCCAGCCUUGUUAUCCUGGUACCUUCCCCCCCAGAGGAAACUGAGCUCCCAGACCCCGUCCCCCUGCUCUGCCUGCUGUCCCCGCAUGCUCGGGGCUGGGGGGCACCUCUCUGGGACCUCGGGGAGGGGGGUCCAAGACAGGCAGAUGCAGGAGCCCAGGAUGGGGAAGAUACGUGGAGCCUGACAACAGUCCGCAGGGAGAGCUGGGUCAUGAUGACACGCUGCACCUGCACCGCCAGAGAGGAGGGAACUGGGAGAAACAUCAGCGCUGUCAUGGCCAAAGACCCGGACACCACAUUAAAGGGGCCCUGCUGGGUUGUGCGCUGGGUGGGGCUGCCCUGCGUCUGCCUCCUCCUGCUGAUCCAGGGCCUCAUCCUGCUCUCCACCAAGUGCCCCUGCACAGGAACAGUGGCAGCACCGGGGAGCGACGUGCACCCAAGGCAGAGCCCAGAGACAGAAUAUGCAGCUGUGAGACAUGGCAGCAGAAAUGCUCCCACUUGA